CAUCACAGCGCACGACAUCGCGAUCGCGAUCGGAGCUGAGAGGGAAGUGCUUCCCGCUCGCCCCAUGAGUGGUGCACGUCCCAUCUUGGUCUUUUACCACAUCCCGGGGGAUGGCGAUGAGGCGGAAACGCCCAACGUCUUUCCGGUCUUGAAGCCUGAUGGGCAAGUGAUGUUGCAGGACAUCCGGAGCAAGUUUCCCUUGCCUGGGACGUAUCACUUUCGCUUCAAGCUGCGUUGGGGUCCCGAUCCACUGCAAGUGGCAUGGAUGGAUGUGACCAAUGAGGCUGCACAAGUGCCCCUCUUCGACGGAAAAGUGGUGGCCAAGGUCACCAGGAUCAGCUGGGAGUCGAAGGCCGGCGCCCUGAAUGGCGUACCAAAAGCGGCCGCACCCAAGCCCCCGGACGUGUUGUCCUUCGAUAGCCCCGGCUUGGGUCCCGCACCGGCACCGCCGGCACCGGCGCCGGCAGCGCCGUAUCCGGCUCCCAAGGAUGAUUUCGACAUGCUCUUCAGUUGAGACGGCGCUCAGCGCCAUGAAGAUUCGAAUGGAUCAUCAUGAUGCAAGGAGUAUAUAUAGGGUUACAACCAACACUGACCGGAGAAAAUCAUG